AGUAGCUUAAUGGAUCUUGACGAGUCAGAACAGUUGAGUUUUGGUCUUUAAAAUGUCUAAAAUUGAAACCAAAACAUUAAUUUGCGAUAAAUGUAAAUUCACCGCCACAAUAAGCAAAGCUGAAGCAGAUAAAGGAGUUCCUAAAUGUUCUGCAUGCAACAUUAUUAUGAGAUCUUCUACAGAAACAACAAAUGCAAGCAGCUUUUUUGGACCUUGUUGUCUUUGUACCGGUGAUAUUCUCAUGAAUUGUGGAUUUUGUAUCAUGGCAAUAUUCACAGUAUGUUCAAAAUAGAGAACCUACACUUAGAUGCUAAGAUGAACUUUGAUAUUAUAUCCUGAAAUUUUAAUUAUUGUGAUUAGAUUACUUUAAGUUGCAAUAAAUAAAGCGACUCAUUGACUUAGUAAUUUAAUUUUCUCAGAA